UCGACGUACCGACACACUGUGCCCGGACACCGAGCGACAUGCUACCUUCGGAGCGAGCCGUCCAUCGCACCGCCUCCGCGAUCUUCAAACGUCUUUCUUUAAGAACCUACAGUACCUAUUCUUUAGUACGUAUCCGUCGCGUUCAUUCAUUGCAUCCGCCCUCCGCCCGCCCUCACUACGUUGCUCUCUAAAUAGUAUCCGCCCAUCGUGAUCACGCGAGACAGUCCGAGUUCCCCACGCGGCUUAGUCACGACGCUCGCAAAUCUGUCACUGGACGUUUUGCUGCGCGCUCAUAAUAUUAUGUGUACCGCCGCGAUAUGUCCCGUAUGCCCGAACUGCCUACACCAUCAAACACCGACAAUAAUGAAUACGUACAUAUCCGCUGCCUUAUUGCAAAUAUACACAAGCCGCGAAAUGUGUCCAGGCCACCAGCGUUACCAGAUUCGCUCCAGGAGGUGGCUCAAGAGUCAGCCUCAUCGUCGGAUACUGACCGCAGUCAAUCAGAUUCAAUGCGAUCAGAUAAAUCUGAUAAGCCCGAUGUAGCUGAACUGGACAAACCGGAAGAGGGCCCUGCAACACAGCGAGCUAAAAGUAACAGCUUCGCGGGUGCAAUGUUGGCGCCGCCGCUUCUGCAUAAGCUCCGACGGCCUUCAUUUAUGCAUCUGCAAAUUGGCAGUGGCAACGAACACAUAGGCCCCUUGUCUGCAGGCCCACACCUCAACGUGCCUCGGUUUACCGUCACGGCGCCGCCAGGAGAACAUCGCCGGUUCAGUCAUGGGUUCCCAUUCCAUGGUUUCGCUCUCCGUCGACACUCAAAUACGAGCCUCCAUCGGAGCGAGUCGAUGGUGUCCCUGGCGUGCUUCAAGACGCUCUCUCAAUUGGUGAACAGCAACGGGAAUGAACUUCAGAACUAUCUGUCAUCCAACAGAAACAUCAAUGUCGACGACAGAGACGAGAAUGGUACAACAGCGCUCAUGUGCGCAAGCGAGAACGGGCGCGUUGUGGCCGCGCGGUUGCUGCUCGGAGCGGGCGCGGACGCUUGCGCGGCCGACACCGACGGGUGGACGUCGCUCGCUUUCGCCGCUAGAGGGGGACAUAUAUCAAUUGUUCAAGAGCUUCUCGACGCUGGUGCCCAAGUUGAUUCCAGAGAUUGUGGUGGUUGGUCGCCACUCAUGUGGGCCGCCUACAAAGGACACGAGGAAAUUGUUACAUUGCUCCUUGAAAAAGGUGCCGAUGUUCAUGCGCAUGGAAACUAUAAUAUCAAUUCACUAGUAUGGGCGGCGGGGCGGCGACACAGCGGCGUAGUGGCGCGCCUGCUGGCGGCGGGCGCGCGGCCCAACUCGUGCGACAAGUACGCCACGUCCGCGCUCACGUGGGCCGCGCGCGCCGGCGACGUGGCGUCCUGCGCCGCGCUGCUGCGCGCCGGCGCCGAGUCCAACACCUCCGGCAUGUACUGCUGGACGCCGCUGCUGCAGGCCACCCACGGUAACCAUUUUGAAAUAGUUCAAAUGUUGUUGGAGCACAAACCGAAUGUAAACGCGUUGGACAAGGACGGUUGCACGGCGUUGGCCAUCGCUUGCAAAGAAGGUUUCUACGAUAUUGCACUCGCUUUGAUAAACUCAGGGGCUUAUAUUAACGUACAGGAUCACUCAAAAGAUACUCCACUAAUAUACGCAGUGAAGGGAGGAUAUAAGAAUAUAGUGGAGGCGUUACUAAAAAAGCACGUGGAUGUCGAUCUUCCCGGGAAAGAAAAGAAAACCCCAGUGUACACGGCCGUAGAGAAAGGGCAUGUUGCCAUAAUGAAACUACUCCUGGCGUCUAAUCCAGAUUUGGAACAUUGUACUAGCAGCGGCGACACGGCGCUGCUGCGUGCGGUCCGCUCGCGCAACGCGGAGGUGGUGGCGCUGCUGCUAGAGCGUCGCGCACGUGUGGCCGCCGCAGACAACCGCGGCGACACCGCGCUGCACGUCGCCAUGCGGGCGCGCUCCAAGCAAAUAGUGGAAAUUCUACUAAGAAAUCCAAAAAAUAGCCAACUUCUGUACAAACCUAAUAAAAUGAACGAAACGCCGUACAAUAUCGACAUGAGCUACAACAAGACAAUACUGGGUCAAAUAUUCGGUGCGCGAAAGUUAAACACUAAUGAAGACAAUGAAAACAUGCUCGGCUAUGAGCUGUACAGCGCAGCUUUAGCUGAUAUGCUCUCAGAGCCAAGUCUAUCCGUCCCCAUCACCGUGGGUCUCUACGCUAGAUGGGGAUCUGGAAAAUCAUUUUUGCUCAACAAACUCAAAGAGGAGAUGAAGAACUUCGCCCGGCAGUGGAGCGAGACGGGCUGGGCGUGGUCGUGGGCGGUGUCGUGGGCGGCGUGGCACGUGUCGCUGGCGGCGGCCGCCGUGGCGGCGGUGGCGGGCGCGCCGGCGUACGUCGCCCUCUGCGUGCUGUUCGCACUCUUCGCCGCGCUCUACCUCACCUUCUACUUGCUGUGGUACCUGGGAAAUAGAUACGAAUGGUGGUGGGCGGGUGGAAUGGUGGGAGCCCUGGGACGUCGAUUCAGCUCUCUGCUGUUGUUGCUGCAAGUGAUGUUUUGCCAUCCUCCUGGACCUGACGACCCUCGUGCUCUGCCCGCUACGCCCAUAAGGUUUCACUUCACGGAAGGCAUGAAAGGCGGCGCGGGACAGGAGGGCGAGGCGAUGGUGGUGCAGAUGAUCGGCAGCUUGGCCGAGGCGCUGGAGUGCCAGUACGGCCGCGUGUGCACCCGCCUCGCGCGCGCCUUCCGCCCGCGCCCCGUGUCCUCUACGUCCGGCUGGAAAUGGCGCCGAGCUUGUUGCAUUCCGCACAUAAUAACAUUCGAAUUGAGCUUUACCUGCGUGCUCGUCGGAGUCUGUGUACUCAUUAUAUACUUCACGGACAGUGAGACGGACCCAUCGCGGCGUGACGUGCAACAGGGGCUGAUGGUGGGCGCGUGCGCGGCGGCGGGCGCCGUGCUGCUCGCCAACCUGUACGCGGGCGCGCGCGCGCUGGCCGCGCUGGCGCUGCCGCCGCGCGCGCGCCUGGCCCGCCUCGCGCGCAACAUCCGCCGCGACCGCGCGCACGCCGCCGCGCUCCGCCCCGAGGUGCAGGCGCUCACGCACACGGUGUCGUGUCUGGAUGCCUUCACCGGGCAGCAGACGCGGCUGGUGGUGGUUGUGGACGCUCUGGACAGCUGCGAGCAGGAGAAGGUGCUGGCGCUGCUCAAUGCCGUGCACGCGCUAUGCUCGGACCCUAAGAGCCCCUUCAUACUGCUGUUAGCCAUUGAUCCGCACAUUAUCAGCAAGGUUGCUUGGAUGGAGGCAGUAGAGAUAAACAGUCGUCGAGCGUUGUCCGAGAGUAACAUCGGAGGAUGGGACUACCUGCGGAACAUGGUGCAGCUGCCCUUCUACCUGCAAAACUCUGCCCUGCGCCGCGUGAAGGUGGCGCAGCAGACCGCCACGCGCCGCUUCCAAACCCUCGCCUCGGACGACUUCAGCACCUCUUUGCAGCGAUCCGUGUCGGCGCGGCGGCUGUCGUCCACGUCGGAGUUGAUGUCGAGCCAGGAGCGCAUCAAGGGCGCGCGCGGGGAGCGUGGCGAGCGGGCGGAGCGCGGGGAGCGCGCGGGGCGCCUGCGCAUGUCGGAGUCGGUGGCGUCGUCCGUGGCCUCGGGCCUGCACCGCGCGCCCCCGCCCGCCGCCGGCGCCGCCGACCUGGGCCGCGUGCUGCUCACCGACGACUACUUCAGCGACGUCAACCCGCGCAGCAUGCGCCGCCUCAUGAACGUGCUCUACGUCACGGGUCGCCUUCUAAAAGCGUUUCAAAUUGAGUUCAAUUGGUAUCAGUUGGCGUCGUGGGUGAAUCUGACAGAACAGUGGCCGUACCGCACUUCGUGGAUUAUUUACCACCACGAAACAUACGAAGAACACAUUGAUGAUUCUACUUCUCUGAAACAUAUAUACGAAAAAGUACGACCACUAAUAGGAGGACUUCGCGAGGCGAGCACCCUGAUGGAGUUAGACCGCGACGAGCGCAAACUAGAAGUAUUCCUGAGCUUUCACCGCGCAACACUCACUGCUGCUGACCUCAAGAUAUUUCUGCCAUUCACAAUUAAUCUCGACCCGUAUAUUAAGAAAGUUAUUAAAGAGGAGCAAGUUCAGGCGGGCGCUGAAGAAGACAUAGGCGCAGGCGGCGCCGCUACCGUGCAGUGGGGCCCGCACGGCAACCGACAACCGCAUUCCAAACCAUUCCAUAAGAAACAGAAAGUUACAACAAUUGCUCAAUCCACUACAACGGGAACAACGAGUACAUUAGUACCAGCACAGCCGCCUUUGUGGGUGGGAUGGGCGAACACAUUCGCUCCUCCCGCGCAGACGCAACCACAGCCUUACUCGCAGACACAGCCCUACUCGCAGGCACAGCCCUACUCACAAGUGCAGCCUUACUCACAAACACAGUCCGAGUACGCGAUGCCCACACAGAUCGUCCCCCCAGUCGCAGUCAACCCCACAGUUUUGCUCCGGACUGCUUUUCCUGGACUGGGCGACACGGCGGCGCUGCGGCUGUCGGCGCUGAGCGUGGAGCGCGUGUGCGCGGUGGCGCGCGCGGCGCUGGGCGCGGGCGGCGGCGCGGCGGCGGCGGCGCUGCAGGCGCACCGCGUGUGCGGCCUCGUGCUCGCCGUGUGCCGGCUGAACGACCUCAAGCCGAUAUUAAAUUUACCGUUUGGUGACUGGGAGCUGUUCAAAAUGCUCAUAAUGAACUUACGCGAGCUGGAAGCGAGCGUGCCGAUUACAGCGCCCUCUGUCACUGUUUUAGCAGAUAAAUCUGUUGAAUCUGAACCUGAUUCCAUCAAACCCCGACCAAUAUUGGAACACCAAAGGAGUCGCCCGUCUAAUGUUGAAAAACAGCAUUUUGCGGAGUACCAGGUGACACUCGAAGAACAAAUGAUAUGUGGUGCGCUACAAACCCUUAACGAAGAGGCAAUGGAAGACGUGCUCCAGUCGGAGUCCUCUGCCCUCCCCGAUGCUCCUGCGCCCUCAGAAGAGGCUCGCGAGCCGCGCCCGCCCACCGUCAGCUUCAACGUGGAGAACGAGGACGAGGACGCGCGCGUGGCGCUCUCCGUGCGGCCGCGCCCGCGCCGCGCGCUGGCCCGCCCGCGGCCCUCCUCGCUGCGCCUCGUCGACGACGCGCCCGACGCCCGCCUCUCGGCGCGCUCGCUCUCCGUCGAGGACUCCACGCGCACCGGCUCCCCGAUCCUCGACCUCAAGCUGCGCGGCCUCCGCCGGACCGCCGACGUCCUCCGCAAGGUAGGCUCCGCGGAGCGGCUCGUUAGGCUCAAGGAUAAGAUCGUAUCGCGCGCACCCGCUUCCCGCGAUCGUAGUCCCCCGCGGGACGAGCCCGGAAGCGACGACGAGUCGGCGCCCCUCGUCGCGUCCCCAUCGUGCGCCGCGCCCCAGGGCUCCGUGGACUCUAGUCCGUCACCGGCGGGCCCUUCACCUUCGAGCUCGCGACACGGCGAUGCGAGCGCCCCGCGGCCCGUGGGCGUGGAGUGCGGCAGCCCGCGGGACGCGACAGCCAGCACGGACUUCUCGCCGCGGUCGGACGCGACCGACUUGGAGUCGCCGCGAGGCAGCGCCGCAGACUUCGACCUGCUGCCGGAGAGCAAGGGCUGCGCACGCGUGACGUCGCGGACGCGUCUCGGCGGGGAGCCGAGCGAGCCGCUGUACGACAUGGUGGAGCCCUACAACAUGAGGCUGCUAGCGCACGGCGCUUCGGAAGGGCUGCGCGGCCUUUGGCGGCAGGACGCACUGGACUCGGAUCCCCCCUGGCACGAGCCGGAUUCUGCCGUAUGAACGUGCAUCGCGUCUGGGUUUGAGUUACCAGUCGCCGCUAAAGCUUUUUAAGGGAAACAUCGACAUUGAUGAGCGUCGAAAGCGUGAUUCCUGUCAUCGAUCAGUUUAAUGCUUAAGCAUAUUUGUGCUGUUAAAUCAUUGACACGUUAAUUAAAACUUAUAAUAUCUUCGAUAUCCAUAAUAUUUUAAUGUCAGUAAUUUUAUGUACUUAAUUUGACAGUUAAUACUAUCAAAAUGCUUAGUAAAUAAUCGCGUAGAUAUAAAAUUACGUUAUAUUAAUGUGCUAGUAAAACUAGCUUUCCGUAGAUUCUGUUUACAAAAUAAUAAAUAUGUAGCAUAAGAAAUAUCAAUAA